UGACCGAGACAAUCCAGCUGCUAUUUUGCGAAGUGGGCGUACGUCGUACGUCAAGUGUUGGCGCGAGGUGGGUCUUUUAAAAUUCGCACAGAAAUCGUUCUUGUGUGCCGAUAAUCACAAGAGAAACGGUAAUGGAUACCGACAUAUGGGCUUAUGGAUACGCGAUCAUCGUGGCAUUAGGAGGUGUCAUAGGCUACGUGAAAGCUGGUAGCAUCACAUCCUUGGUUAUGGGCUUGGCGUUCGGUGGCCUUGCACUGAUUGGAGCCUACCAGACGUCGCAGGACCCUCACAACUACUACUUAUCCCUCGCCGUGUCUGGAUUGCUGGCUGGUGUGAUGGGUUACAGGUUUGCUAACUCUGGAAAGAUCAUGCCGGCAGGACUGGUUGCAACUCUGAGCAUUGCGAUGUGCUGCAGAAUACUCUGCCGGGCCUUUUCGCCACCUGCUACUCCAGCAGCGCCAGCAGCGCCAGCAGCACCAGUUGCAAAGCAGUGAUGCCUUCCCCCCUCUUCUUUAAAUGAAAAGUUGAUUGCAUUGAAGGGCUUCAAGAUUAUCCGCAUUUUGUAUGAAAUAAAGACGCUGUCUGAA